UAGCUUAACGUAAUAAGUAAUUUGCAGUGAAACUAAACCAUUGAUGUUACUUGUGAUUUAAUUUUCAAGUACUUAUAUAAUUUGGCCAGGUGUGUGUGUAAAUUGUUAAUACUUGUUUAAUUAAACCCACUAAUUUAGUUUGCAGAAUGAAUAAGUUAUAUAAUUAUAUCAUCACACUUGCACAUAAGUGGUGUUAAAAGUGAUGUAUUAAUUAAUUGAUUUUGACGCAAUUCAUGACAUCAUAUCUCUCUCAAUCAAUGUACAAUUAUACAAUUGUUCAUCCCACCAAUGUACUUAAGAGCACCCAAGUAUUAGCUCAGUCCCACUUUUGUUACUCGGUUCACUGUUAAAGCAUCGCUACAAAUUACUGUGGUCUCAAAUUAUUCACCUGCUUCUUCGAUGGACCAAUUUUGCAAUGUCGCAGAUUUUAUUGAGAGUAAGGUCAAGUCUCACCUGGAGAAAGGGAAUUCCGGAAUUUGGAUUACGGACGGAUCCACAAAUGCGUCCAGUACUUAUCAGGAAGUAUUAAACUUGUCGAAAAAUGUGACGUUAAAUCUAGUGUUGAUGGGCUUUAAAAAGGGCGAUAUUGUCAUUUACUCUGCCACCGAAGAUGUCCACCUUUUACACAUUUUCUUCCUCGGUGUCUGGCGAGCUGGGGGAGCAGUCAGGUCAAUUUAUCCAGAUGAAACGGAGGAAACAUUUAUGGAGAAAUUGGCCGAAUCUGACUGCAAGUGGGUCUUGUGUAAUGGAGGGGACGUUGAGAAAUGGAAUCGUGCCGGGAAAUUGUUGGCGUCCAACUGUGUCACAAUUAUUUCGACUGGGGCCGUCAAAACUGAGGGUUGUCUUGGUCUGGGGUCCCUUUGUAGUGGUUUUGAAGUUAAAGGCAUGGAAAAUGAGAUGAAAAUUGCCCUUAAUAAAAAUUAUGAUGGGGACGAUAUCGCCCUAAUCCUUCCGACGAGCGGAACCACUGGAAAAUCCAAGGGUGGCGUUUAUACGCAUAAAACCUUAAUUGCUCAUUUCAGAGCACUUGAGCGGUUUCCAAUGGCUGACCAACCCGAUAAAACUGCACUAGUCAUAGCACGAAUAACUCAUGGAGGUGGAUGUGCCUUAAGUUUGGCACAACUCGUGAAUGGGCAGCGCCUCGUGGUCUUAUCCGUUUUCAAUAAUGCGUCCAUACUCAGAACAAUUGAGAUGUGGAAUCCACAGGGAAUUUUUACUGUCACCAAUAUUUUCCUCAAGAUGGCUAAUGAACCAGAUUUAGUCAAGUUUGAUACGUCUUCGAUCAAAUAUGUUAUUACGACCGGACUUUCAACUGGGCAAUCGUUUGAGGCUGAGAUGAAGGAAAAGUUUCCCUCCUUAAAAGAAGUCAUAAUGUUUUACGGAAUGACCGAAUGCGCCCCCAUUUCAACUUCGAUGGAUAUCUGGGGCACUGGUCCGAUUAAAAACUAUGCGGGAUUUGAAAAUCUUACAGGCAGUGUAGGCAAGGCAUUUCCAGGGGUGGAAAUCACAAUUCGGGACGGACAGACGGGAAAUAUAGUGGAAGAAAAUGGGAUCGUUGGCGAAGUCUGGGUCAAGACCGAUUGGAUGAUUUCUGGAUACUUCAAAAAUGACGUGGCAACGAAAAGUACAAUAAAAGAUGGUGUUCUCAACACUGGAGAUAUCGGGUAUUUUGACCAGACGGGAUUUCUCUGUUUGGUAGACAGGGCGAAGGAAACUUUCAAGUAUCAGUCAAAUCAUAUUUCUCCGUCCGAAAUUGAACAAAUUGUUGCCUCCCAUCCCGCUGUGGCGCAGGUGUGCGUCGUCAGUGUGCCAGCAAGCGACGGAGGGGGAGAAGUACCCAGGGCCUUUGUUGUCUUACGACAUGAGUUUGCUAAGUAUACUGUGCAAGAAAAGGAUGCCUUGGCCACCAAAAUAAAGGAGAUGGCGCAUGGAAAACUUGCCACUUAUAAAUAUCUCCGUGGAGGACUUAUCAUCCUCGACGAAAUUCCUCGUGGAAAGGCGGGCAAGAUUGAUAAAACCGCCCUGAAGGGGAUACAUUUGUGUCAACAAGAAUAAACCUACAACUUGUAUAAAUAUGCUGAAACUGUGUGGAUAUAUUUAUGCUUAUAAAUAAAUAAAUAUAACGAGUGUCGUCUUCAACAUCC